CUCGCAGCCGUUGGAUUGAGGGGCUGGUGAUAAACCCUAAUUCCCAAUCCAAGCCCUCGACAGCGCAAGGCGGCUGCGGCGUCUGGCAAUGGGAUUCAGGCGCUUUGUCGAGAUCGGCCGGGUCGCCUGUAUCAACUAUGGCGAAGAUUACGGCAAGCUCGUGGUGAUUGUGGACGUGAUCGAUCAGAACAGGGCAUUGGUCGACUACCCCGGCAUGAUCAGAACGAGCAUGAAUUUCAAGAGACUGGCCCUCACGGACAUCAAGAUCGACAUCCCCAAAAUGCCCAAGAAGAAGAACCUCCAGGCAGCCGUCGAAUCUGCUGAGGUCCAAAAGAAAUGGGAGAACAGCUCGUGGGGACGCAAGCUCAUCGUUCAGAAGAAGAGGGCUUCCCUGAACGACUUCGACCGCUUCAAAGUCAUGGUCGCCAAGGUCAAGAGGGCCGCGGUUGUGAGGCGCGAGCUUUCCCUGCUGAAGAAACAAAAGGCCUAGAGACGCAUUCUUACGCUCUAGCGAAGUUUUGUUUUGGUGUUGGUCGUAAGUCGUAACCAGACAGUGUUUCGUUUCUUGUAACACAGCCUUACAUUUUGGAAGAAAAGAAAGCUCUCUUCGAUUC